CCCCGCGCAGGGCGGAAGCGGCCGCUUCCCGGCAUCCCCCGCGGCCGCCGCAAUGGCGCUCUGUCUUUUCGACGUGGACGGGACCCUCACCGCGCCGCGACAGAAAAUCACAGUGGAGAUGGCCAUGUUUCUGCAGCAGCUGCGCCAGAAGGUGAAGGUUGGAGUGGUGGGUGGCUCGGAUUUGGAGAAGCUGAAGGAGCAGCUGGGUGAUGACGUGAUUGAAAAAUUUGACUAUGUUUUUCCUGAAAAUGGUCUGGUGGCGUUCAAAGAUGGGAAAUUCUUGAGCAAGCAGAGCAUUCAGGGUCACCUGGGCGAGGACAUACUUCAAGAUCUGAUCAACUACUGCCUGAGUUACAUUGCAAAGAUUAAACUGCCAAAGAAAAGGGGCACUUUUAUUGAGUUCCGAAAUGGAAUGUUAAAUGUGUCCCCCAUUGGAAGGAGCUGCAGCCAGGAAGAACGAAUUGAGUUCUAUGAACUUGAUAAAAAGGAACAUAUAAGAGAGAAAUUUGUAGCUGAUUUGCAAAGAGAAUUUGCAGGAAAAGGCCUGACAUUUUCUAUAGGAGGCCAGAUAAGCUUUGAUGUGUUCCCGGAUGGCUGGGAUAAGAGGUACUGCUUAGGAAUCGUUGCCGAUGAUGGGUUCAAGACUAUUUAUUUCUUUGGAGAUAAGACGAUGCCAGGAGGGAAUGACUAUGAAAUAUUCAUGGACUCCAGAACAGAAGGCCACAGCGUCACAUCCCCACAGGAUACCAGAAGAAUCUGUGAAGAGCUAUUUUUUAAAUGAGAUUAUUAGAAUUCACUAACUUACAAAACGGUUAAGACAGCUUAAUAACUCAAAACAUCUUCCGUCAUUUUGUAUGGGUUUGUAAUUGGUCAUGAAUAGCAAGUGCUUUGCAGGUCAGUCAUUACUGGAGGGAAAUGCGUUAAUUGAAGAGAACCUUGCUGACAGCUGGAAUACAGCAGAGUUCUUUCAGCAUCACCCUCUCCCUAUUUCCAUUUGCACAAAUACUUUGUUUCUUUUUGAAUGGUUGUGGGGUUUGGGUUCGCUCUUUUUUAUUGGAUUUUAACACAUCACUAAACUUCCUUAACUAAUUAAUUAAGUUUUGGGGGCGAGGGGGAAUAAUCUGCCUAUAGUUGAUUUAUGGUCUCAAAAUUGGCCCUACAUGGCUUUAUCCCCAGUUUUUACUUUGAAGCUGCUAUUUAAAAGAGUAACAUUUUAGAGUUGUUUUUUUAAAAGACUACCUUGUGCUAUAAAGACAUGAAUUGUAAGACAGUUGGGAUUUUCUUACUUAAAACUGGAAGAUGGUUAAGAGAGACAGGUUUU